AUGGGGAAUGAGGUAUGGGGGAAUGAGGUAUGGAGGAAUGAGGUAUGGGGGAAUGAGGUAUGGAGGAAUGAGGUAUGGGGGAAUGAGGUAUGGAGGAAUGAGGUAUGGGGGAAUGAGGUAUGGGGAAUGAGGUAUGGGGGAAUGAGGUAUGGGGGAAUGAGGUAUGGAGGAAUGAGGUAUGGAGGAAUGAGGUAUGGGGGAAUGAGGCUUAGAGGAAUGAGGUAUGGGGGAAUGAGGUAUGGAGGAAUGAGGUAUGGGGGAAUGAGGUAUGGAGGAAUGAGGUAUGGGGGAAUGAGGUAUGGAGGAAUGAGGUAUGGGGGAAUGAGGUAUGGAGGAAUGAGGUAUGGGGGAAUGAGGCUCAGAGGAAUGAGGCUCAGAGGAAUGAGGUACGGAGGAAUGAGGCAUGGAGGAAUGAGGCUCAGAGGAAUGAGGCUUAGAGGAAUGAGGUACGGAGGAAUGAGGCUCAGAGGAAUGAGGUACGGAGGAAUGAGGCAUGGAGGAAUGAGGCUCAGAGGAAUGAGGCUCAGAGGAAUGAGGUAUGGAGGAAUGAGGCUCAGAGGAAUGAGGCUCAGAGGAAUGAGGCUUAGAGGAAUGAGGUAUGGAGGAAUGAGGUAUGGGGGAAUGAGGCUCAGAGGAAUGAGGUAUGGAGGAAUGAGGCAUGGAGGAAUGAGGCUCAGAGGAAUGAGGCUUAGAGGAAUGAGGUACGGAGGAAUGAGGCUCAGAGGAAUGAGGUACGGAGGAAUGAGGCAUGGAGGAAUGAGGCUCAGAGGAAUGAGGCUCAGAGGAAUGAGGCUUAGAGGAAUGAGGUAUGGAGGAAUGAGGUAUGGGGGAAUGAGGCUCAGAGGGAUGAGGCUCAGAGGGAUGAGGUACGGAGGAAUGAGGCAUGGAGGAAUGAGGCAUGGAGGAAUGAGGCUCCGGGGAAUGAGGCUUGAUU